AAAAUUAAAAAUGGCGACAAAUGCUAAACUGUGUUCACUCAGUACACUAGUAGCGCACAAAAUUUGUGAAAAAACAUCGAUUUUAUUAAAGUGAAAAAUUGUAAAAAAUUCUAAAAUUGCCAAAAGAGUGAUUGGAAUUAAAUAAAUGGUGUAAAAUGGCCGAAUCAGUGUCAAUAAGUGAAGAAAAAUGUAAAUUCAAUGGAACAAAUGUGAAUGACGUCGUUCCCUUACACUGCACAGCAAUGGCGACUGAAGAAACAACACACAACGAUUACUAUAAAACGUUGAUUUGUAGUAGUGGUGCUGGCAGUGUGUCGUCUCUCAGUUUAAACGAUACGAUUAGAACAACACUAACCGUGCCUGCAGAAACACCAAGAGCAGCAACAGCAGCAAAAGAAGCAGCAAUAACAACAACAACCACAUCAGUUGUAGCAGUAAAAGCAGCCGUUACACAAAAUACAUCAAAUACAGAUUCAACUGAAGAAGAAAAAAUGAUUCCAAACGUUUUUGUCAACGCAAAUGUUGCCGGAAAAUUGGGCACAAAUCAUGUCCAAAAUAAUAAUAAUAACAACAACGGCAAUAAUCAUAGUAUUUUAAUGAAGACAAAACGCAGACGAAGAAAAUCAUCGAAACAAAAGACCAAUUCAAAACCGUACAAAAAAUCCAAUUGGAAUUAUCAAAAACGCGCUCGCAAUGGAUCAUCACGACUUGUUCCGUACAAUACAAAUCAAUUUUUAAUGGAAGAACAUAUGCCAGAAAUAAAUGCCGAUUGCAGUGGACGAUACCGUGAUUCGAGCUUUUCAUUUGAUUCGGACAAUGACAAAGAAGAAUAUUUGUCAAAGGAAUUUUGCAGUGUGUACGAAAAUGCACGCAGCGAUCGUCUAUACGAAAUGACAAAAUCACAGCUGAUACAGGAAUAUCUACAGUUGGAAGCCAGUUACGAUAAAUUAAGCAAUAGUUUAGGUAAAGUGACCGAUCAAUUGGAUAGUCAAGAUGGUGAUGAAGCAGUCAAGCGGCUCGCAGAUCGUGUACAGGAGUUAUCAGCCGAAAAUUUAGAACUGCGACGACAAAUGGCCGAUAUUCGAAGUAGAGACAGUCGACAUCAUAACCAUCAUGGAUCACAUCACAAAUCGUCACAUACGUACAACAAUCGAUCGGUUACCUCAAACACAACAAAUCAUAAACAUCAUAUGGCAAGCAGUGAAGACAGCGAAAGUGAUAGCAGCUCUAGCUCAAGUAGUAGUAGCAGUAGUAGUUCUAAUUCAGACAGUUCAAGCAAUUCGAAUUCAUCAAAUCGAAGUAAAAGUUCACAAAUGAGCGGCAUCAGCGAUAAUGCUGAUGAAUGUUCACAACUGUUGAUCGAAAAUGAAUGCGGCUUAGUGGCUGACGACGAUACGACGAAUUGUAUAGCAACAGCAGCACAGGCAACGACAACAACAACACUCAACCAAAUCAUUAGCUCAUAAGGUGUUUUCUUUUUCGCACACACAAAUUAAAAACAAUGUCUCAUAGUGUGCGUGACAGAAUAUCGUCGUCGUCGUUGCCGUUAUCAUCACACCGUUUUGCGUAACGGAGAAUAAACAUAUUCAAUUUUGAAUUUCAACCAAAUGGACUCAAGAACAUUCUAUCAUUCAUAUAAUCACAAAUAUUCGCCAACUCUCCUACUAACGCACACAUAAAACUGUGUUUUUUUUGUGUCAUCAUCGGAUUAAACUUUUCAUAAGUUUCAUUACAUUUCUUUUUUCGUAUUAUAAUUGCACUCAUUUUUCGAUUUUUCUCAUCAU